UGACUUCGGUAAUCUCUAUACCCAACUUGGGGCCUCAAGAGUGGGGAGAGGCCCCGUGCAGGGAGGAAGCAUGAUCUCCCGGGCCUCUCCACUCUCUCUGAAAUGUGACAGGAUCCCUCAGCAAGGGAGGCCUUCUCUGCCUGACUUCUAUUUCACAAUCUAGAAACAGAUUGCUAACUGACAGCCACGUCACCCCAUCAUGGGCACUUCCUCUUAAUCAUGGGAGGAGACAGGCUUCUCCUCUCUACAGAACAGAGGGCCUAUUCUCCCCAGCACACACAUUUGCACAGAGCAGGAUCCCCAGACCUCCACAAUGUCAGCCCCUGCCUCCGGGCCCCAUCCUCCUUCUUACCUGCUGCUGCCUCUGCUGUUGGGACUCACAGGUGUGGCAGGUGAGACAGAACUGCGGGUGAUCCAGCCUGAGAAGUCGGUGUCUGUGGCAGCCGGAGAGACAGCCACUCUUCACUGCACCCUGACCUCCCUGCUCCCCUCUGGGAAGGUCGAGUGGUUCAGGGGCACAGGGCCAGGCCGGGAGUUAAUCUUCAGUUCCAGAGGAGGAGACCCCCACUCCUCUCGAGUAACAACUGUUACAGACAUCACAAAGCGAAGCAACCUGGACUUUUCCAUCCGCAUCAGUAACAUCACCCCAAAAGACACGGGAACCUACUACUGUGUGAAGUUCCAGAAAGGGAACCCCGAUGAGGAGUUUAAGUCUGGACCAGGCACCCGGGUCACCGUGAGCGAUCGAGAACUGUCCACUCCACUCCUGGUGGCUCUCUCCUUGGGCCCCAAGCUGCUGCUGCUCGUCUCUGUCUCUGCCAUCUAUGUCCACAGGAAGCAACGGAUUGACUGGUGACCCAGGAGGAAAAUAGCACCGAGGACAUAGGAGACACGGGGAGAACAUUUCUGGAAUGAUGAGCAGAUAAUCAAAUGUGAACAUGGGUCCACAGCUCCUUCCUUCCUCCCCUGCUACAUGCCAUCCUCGGUCUCUGCUGCCUCCUUCCUUCCCUGAGGGGCCCAGCCUAAGACAAGGAACAACUAGAAGCUUCCACAACCCUGCCCCAGAUGCCUGCUUCCCCAGAGACCCACCUGCCCACAGUUCCUGCUGCUCCUCUCCUAGUCCUUGAUGCCCCCAGAGCUGGUCUUCAUACCUGGUCCUGAGCAGGGUCCACGGGAACAUGCUCUGGAAACUGACACACGGGUAUCUUCCUAGAAUGUGAGAAACAAGUCACGUGUACGUGUACCAGGCUAUCUCUCAUCCAUUUCCUGGGGACCGUGGCCCCCAUUAAGUACACACUCAAGGCCGUGCUCUCGUGGGCCAUUCCUGCCAACCCCCAGACUCGCCAGCCUCAGUGAGGUUCUCCAAUGCCUCCUGAAUGCAAAUGAAUCCCAUCCUGCGUGGAAGAAGAGAAAUGAUUCUCCUUCCCCUUUGCCUACAUGUCCUUCUACUCAAAGUAGAGAGGUUUCCUUCCUCUCCCUGUGACGGGGACACCAGCUCCCCAUUCAGCUUCAUCUUUCCUGAUCCCCCCGCUCAUGUAUAGGUGCUGGCAGUCCUGAAACCUGGACCCUUCCCUGGUUUCCUUCUUUAUACCCCGUGUUCAAUUCUGCCUUCAUAAUGCUAUGUCCAGUGGUGACAUGGUAAAUGUUCAACAAUCCAUGCCCAGAAAGAAAAAGAAGACUGAUUUGUAGUGCUUGUCCACUUCUGCGGUGUCUACACUCCCAAUGCGGCCAAUUUCAAGCUGCCAACAGUGGAACAACUAGCUUGCAAAAUUCCUGGAAAGCUCUCAGGAGCGAGGGCAAGCCUCCUCCCGCCCACCAGGGAGCUCCACCCAGCACCUGCACACUGCUCGCUCCCGGGCUGCCCCCUGGUCCCGGCCACCAGCAUCCCUUCCUGGACCAUUGCCACGUG